AUGUUCAUCUCUUGGUCAACAGGUUCCUCAGCUGUGGAUUAUAUUUUCAGGAGAAAAAUUGAACCCUGGGAAUUUGAACAUUUCUUUGACCCCAGACAACUCCCUAAAGAGACCUGUCUGCUCCACGAAAUCAAGUGGAAUAGCGGCAGAACCUGGAAGCACACAGCCAGAAACACCAACCAGCAUGCCGAAAUCAACGUCCUAGAGAAGUUGAUAACAGAGUGGCCUUUCACCCCCUCCCUCCAAUGCUCCAUCACCUGGUUCCUGUCCUGGAGUCCCUGCUGGACAUGUGCAAAGGCUAUUGUAAAGUUUUUGACUCAGUUCCGCCACGUGACUCUCGUCAUUUAUGUUGCACGACUUUAUAGGCACACAGAAGAAUGGAACCAGCAAGGACUCUGGGACCUCAGUAACAGAGGGGUGACCAUCAACGUUAUGACUGAGCCAGAGUAUGAGUACUGCUGGAGGAAUUUUGUGAACUACCCCCCUGGGGGAGAACAUCACUGCCCAAGAUACCCACCUCUCUCUAUGGGACUCUAGGCACUGGAACUCCACUGUGUGAUUCUGGCUCCUCAGUUGCGGAUUGUACAUUCAGGAGGACAGGUCUGA